GCUUGGCAACAUAAAAUACAAAUACAAUACAGCAACAACACACGAAAAAUGUGCAAAACUAACAACGAAUGUUAUUGUGAUUGAAGCGUCGAAAGAAAGAACGAGCAGCUUAAAUUAAAACACAACAAAUUGCAAAAGUGUUGAGCCAGAGAGAACAAAAUGAAAGCAAGGCAAAGGCCAACUGCGGCCAGCAGCGCGGUCCGCAUGGCCUCGGGCACUCCCCGACCGCCAAUUCGACAGCCACAAGCAACAAUGCCCUGCGAACGGGAGCGCAGACACGAGCUGGCGCGCAAAGAGAGAGAAACGCAGGCGCAGCAGCAAAAAGCAAAGCCGGCGCCAAAGCAGCUACUAAGCAAGCAAGAGAAGAAUAAAGCGAAAGAGACUAAAGCGCCGACGUCGACGACAGCGUUAGCAACUGUAAAAGAGAAUGCAGGCGAUGAGGAGACGGCGCGACUGCGCUUGCAGCUGGAGCACUUGGCGCAGCUGUCAGAGCAGGACUUUGAGCGUGAGUUUCGCCAGUGGAUGAAGCAGGAGGGGGUGGAGUGCAAGGUGCAUACGCAACUGCGCAGCGAGCUUAUCAACAGCUUCACCAGCACGCCGCUGGGUCAGCUGCUGAGCAAAGUGUGCGCCAAGGUAAGCGCAACGCCGCUGUCGCCGCUGGAGCUGGCGCUGCACACACUUGUCUCGGAAUUUCUCUACGCUCAGAGCUGCCACUUUACGCUCUCCGUCUACUGCAGCGAGACGCCGCAGCAGCAAGCGCUGCCCAACUUUGAAGAACGCGCUAAUUUUCGCUUUGAUGCAGACGAGCUGCAGCAGCUGCUGUCACAGCUGCUGGGUCAGCCGCAGCAGCAACUGCAGCAGCGCGUCACGCAGCUCUAUGCUGAGCAGCAGCAAUCGCUGCUGCUGGCGCUGCUGCAGGCGCUGCUGCAGUCGACUGCCAUGCAGCAAUCCAGCAGCCAUGCUCAGACGCAGACCGUGCCCAAUGUUUGCCUGCCCGCGGGCAGCGCGCCAGCGUCAAACAGUCAGCUAUACCUAGCCAAGCAGCUAACUGUAAACGCCGAUGCCAGCGCUGUUUACUUGGGCUUGGAGCUGUCGCAGUCGCUGCAUGGCGUGCAGCAGCAAUUGGCGCAGCUGCUGCUGCCUAUGCAGCAACUGUGGAAAUCCUGCGCGCCGCCUGUGGAAGUCAUAACGCCAGCGGCGUUCGAGCAGCUGGUGCAGCAGGAGCUGCAGGCGCGUCAGGCGCUAACUGAGCCGCUAAUGCCGGGACAGACGGCAGUGCAGCUGCCGCCGUUGCAGUCGCCAACGCAGUCGCAGUUGAGUACAGAGACAGCAGCAACAGCUGCAGCGUCGUCGUUGUCGUCGUCGCCGCCGCCACUGCCGGAGCUGCAUACAGAGCAGCUGGCCAGUCUGGCGAUGGUGCAGCAAUCGUUGCAGUCGCUGCAAGGUGCGCUGCAGCAGCGCAAGCAGUGCGCAGCGUCAACGCUGCAGCGCUUGGAGGCAAUGCUGGGUGAGCUGGCGGGCUGUGUGCAGGCGCUGAGCAAUGUGCUCAAUCUGGCCAUGGAGCAAGAGUAUGCAGUGGGCAAGCAUAAGGGCUACAAGCACGGCUAUCGCGAGGGACUGCAGCAGGCAAAGCAGCAGCACAAGGAGAAGGCGGCAGCGGCGGCGGCGGCGCAGCCAACACAAAGCGCCGCAGCAGCUACACAAACGGAGCCAACUGCAGCUGCUGCGCCAGCAGAGCUGCAAACUGUUGGCACGCAAACAACGCCGCCAGCGCUGACGCACGCUGCCAGCAACACGACAGCGCUGCCGGCGUUAGCGCAUGCCAGCAGCCAAACUGCAGCUGCGCCGCCAGCUGCAAGCAAACGCAGCUACGAGCAAUGGAUACACGAAAUGCUGCACAGCAGCAGCGGCAAGAUCUUUCUCGAUCGCGUGGAGCUGUCGCUGAACAAAGCGCUGGAGCUGCAGAAGCAGCGACUGGAUGAGCUGUACCAAAUCAAAAUGCGACAUCAUGCGGAAAUGCUGCGCUUGAAUCGACGUCAAAGCAACUGGCGCUCGCUUUGUCAGCACGUGGAGCGGGAUUCGCAUACGGCGGAGGCGCGUGAGCUGGUGCGCAAUAUAUUUCGACUGCUGGAGCACUACGAGGCGCAUCAUCAGCUGCUGGCGGACAAGAUAAAGCAAACGGAGCUGGCAGCGCAGCAGGCAACGCGCAUACAGCCGGUGUGGCAGUCGCCGCCGCCAGCGCCAGCGCCGGCGCCGGCAGCGGUCCCACUGAAGCCGCGCAUGCAAAGUGUAGCAACCAAUACGCAGCUAGAGACGCCGCCGCCGCCGCCACAGUCAGAGCUCAAGCCCAAGGCCAAGGUGACGCCCAGCAGGCCAAGCUUCAAUGAAGCGCUGCUUUGCGCCAAAACACGCAUGCAGCAGCUGGAGCAGGAAAGCGAUUUGCUGGAGCAGAGUUUCCUUGGUUAUCUGGAGCGCGCACGCAGCCAGCAGCAGCAGCUACAGCUGCUGCCAGAAUCGAAGCCACCGCCACCAGCAGCUUCCUUUUUCUUUUGGCGCGGCAGCAGCAGCUCGGAGCUGGAGCAGGAGAGCUAUCGCUUUACCAAUGCCAUUGCCGUAGCGCGACGCAAACUGUUCGAGCAGCUGCAAGCCAAUGCUAUAGCGGAGCCAGCGCCAGCGCCAGCGCCGUCAGUGCCAACGCAGCAGCUGCUGGAGACGCAGGAAGCGCACACGCUGCUGCAGCGCGUGGAGGCAACGCUGGCGCGUGUUAGCCAGCCCGCCAGUCUGCAGCUGCGUCUGGCUGAGGCAGCGAACACAACGCCCGAGUCCAGCUCAGCGGAGCUGCCAGCUGCCUCACGCAAGCUGCAACGUUCGUUGGCCAAAAUGCAGCAGCUCUUUGGCGAGUCCAAGCCAGCACAGCAGGCAGCGCGUGCCUGGAGUGCGCCCAUUAGGCCGUACACGCGGCCACAGUCAGUACCAAUGCCACGCCCACAUACAGCGCCCAGUCAGCUACGCCUGCCCACGCCAACAGCUGCAGUGCAGCAGCCAUCGCCGCUGCUCGCGCUGCUGGAUGACGACACCAGCGCUGGCAGCUCCAGCAGCCUGGCCAGCAUCGAGGCGCUGCCGCGCAGCUAUGCGCAGCUGCUGACGCAAGCCAACGACAAAGUCAUAGACGCCUCCUCGCCCACCUCACAGCUCACGAGCAGCGUUGAGUUCUGGCGCCGUCUGAAUCUCUGACAAUUUAUUUGCUUGCAAUAAAGUUCAACGCUGUAGAAUUUAGUUAAACGCAGAAGUUUAGACUUUAUGUAAGAUCAUAAGAGUUUAAGUUACAGUUACACAGUUAGUAUUUUGUAUAUUUGUAUAAGAACACACACACACACACACAGCUAAACACCUAUACACCAAUCAAAUAUUAGUUUUUAUAAUAGAACCUGUAUGAGUGUAUGCGAGGUCCAGCAUUGUGUUUUAUCGUCAGGUAUUUAGUAUACAAUCAAUUUCAAAAUGUGAUUCAAUAGUA